AGAAAAUUGUAAUAAUAUGUCACAAUAUGAUCGGUGAACAUAUGAGACUUAUUUUCAGUCUUACCAACCCCAAACAUUCGACUGCUGUUGUAUGAUACAACUGAAGCAGCAUUCAACAAUUUUGGUCACUGAACAUGGUCGUUAAUUACCCACAAAAAAUGAGCCAUUGAUAAAGUGACAUAAUAUAGAGAGUUUUGUUAAGUUAGGUCAAGCCUACUGUCGUUAUGCUGAGAGUGCUUAAUGCUGAACUCUAUUGAGAACAGGUUUAAAGGCUGUGAAUGCCUUCUGCUGAGGCAGGCCAUCUCACUGGCCUCUCUUUGCAGGGCCGCUUUCCUUUGUGUCACCCUACAAUGGUGGCACGAGAGCGCAACUGUCGCCCAAUACUCAUUGUUCAUCAGCCAAUGGGAGCAGUCCAAAUAGAAGACUGUAGCAUUUUGUGUAUGUAUGUGUAUGUAUGCAGGUGUGUUUGUGUGUAGGUGUUUGUGCGCGUAAAAGGAGUGUGUUCACACGUUGUCUUUUUCUUCUAACCCUGGUUUCUACUCCCUGACCGCAUUAAAGUUGCGUCAUUUAGCAAGAGAGCCAAUCAGACAUCAGCUCUUUGAAUUUAUGCCAGGGACUUUUGGCUUGCAAGACUUAAGUUGUGGUGGCAAAAGCCAGUGUUUUCAAUCCCUAAAAAAAACACUGUCCCCGAGAGUCAAGAUGCCCUAUACGCCGUCUGGUUUCUUUUGCGACCGGUUAAUCCGGGAGAGAGAGCGAAGGGAUGGCGAAGGGUCCCUGAGCAAACCCCUCCGUUUCAGCGGCCAGGACUACAACACCCUCAAGCAGGAGUAUCUCCAGAAAAAGACCCUUUUUGAGGAUGAAACCUUCCCUGCUACUGUGGACUCCCUCGGCUACAAAGAGCUGGGCCACAAGUCUAACAAAGUCAAGAACAUCAUCUGGAAGCGUCCCAAGGAGAUUUGUGAAAACCCACAGUUCAUUGUCGGAGGUGCUAGCAGGACAGAUAUCUGCCAGGGAGACCUGGGAGACUGCUGGUUGCUUGCUGCCAUUGCAUGUCUGACUUUAAAUGACAAGCUGCUAUAUCGUGUUAUACCUCAAGAGCAGAGCUUCUCUGAAGGCUAUGCUGGAAUUUUCCAUUUCCAGUUCUGGCGUUAUGGUGACUGGGUGGAUGUUGUUGUUGAUGACCGCAUUCCCACCUUCAACAACCAGCUGGUGUUCACCAAGUCAGCUGAAAGGAAUGAAUUCUGGAGUGCUCUUCUGGAAAAAGCUUAUGCUAAGCUUCAUGGUUCCUAUGAGGCUCUUAAGGGUGGAAACACUGCAGAGGGAAUGGAGGACUUCACCGGUGGAGUGACUGAAUUCUAUGAGAUGAAGGAGGCACCUAAAGAGCUGUAUAAGAUCAUGAAGAAAGCUCUGGAGAGAGGCUCCCUCAUGGGCUGCUCCAUUGAUUCCCUGGUUCCAGCCCGCUUCGAAACUCGUACCACUACAGGUCUUGUGAAGGGUCAUGCCUACUCUGUUACUGCUGUAGAGGAGUGUAAACAGUCCCAGCAGAAGGAGUCCAAAGUGCGUCUGGUGCGUUUGCGUAACCCCUGGGGUCAGGUAGAAUGGAACGGACCUUGGAGUGAUAAUUCAAAGGAGUGGGAAACCAUCUCUAAAGCGGAAAAAGAGAAACUCCAGCAUCAGAAUGCUGAAGAUGGAGAAUUCUGGAUGUCAUUUGAGGAUUUUAAGAAAAAUUACACUAAAAUAGAGAUUUGCAACCUGACCCCUGAUGCUCUGGAGGAUGACAAGUUACACAAAUGGACGGUGUCUGUUAAUGAGGGACGCUGGGUAAGAGGCUGCUCUGCUGGAGGAUGCAGGAAUUAUCCAGACACAUUCUGGACAAAUCCACAAUACCGCCUGCGUCUCCUGGAGGAAGAUGAUGACCCGGAGGAUAAUGAAGUAGCUUGCACUUUUGUUGUUGCUCUAAUGCAGAAAAACAGACGUAGAGAACGCAAGUUGGGUGCAAAUCUCUUCACUAUUGGAUUUUCCAUCUAUGAGGUGCCAAAGGAGAUGCACGGAAACAAGCAGCACAUGCAGAAGGAGUUCUUCAUGUCUAGCUCCUCUAAGGCCCGCUCCAGGGCUUACAUUAACCUGCGAGAGGUGACCCAGCGCUUCCGUCUGAGUCCAGGGGAGUAUGUCAUCAUUCCCUCCACCUACGAGCCCCACCAGGAAGGCGACUUCAUCCUCCGCGUCUUCUCUGAAAAGAGAAAUACCUCUGAGGAGAUAGAGAACAGGAUUGAAGCUGAUCAUCCAGUGCCGGCUCCAGCUUCAACUGGGGAAGAGAGUGAGGAGGACCAGCAGUUCCUGUCCAUUUUCCAGCAGAUCGCGGGGGACGUGAGUACUGGGGAGCCACUGAGCGCUGGGGGGAGUCAAAUGGAGAUCUCAGCCAAUGAGCUCAAAGAUGUCUUGAACAAGGUGGUGUCUACAUACAAGGACAUACACAUUGAAGGCUUCAGUCGAGAGAGCUGUAGAAGCAUGAUCGCCCUCAUGGAUAUGGAUGGAACCGGAAGACUUAACCUGCAAGAGUUUAGACACUUGUGGAACAAAAUCAAACAGUGGCAGGGAAUCUUUAAGCGCUAUGACUUUGAUUAUAUUGGGACUAUCAGCAGCUAUGAGAUGAGAAACGCCAUCAAUGAUGCAGGUUUCCGUCUGAAUAACCAGCUGUAUGACAUCGUCAUCAUACGCUAUGCCAAUGAAAACAUGAACGUCGACUUUGACAGUUUUGUUAGCUGUCUUGUGCGACUGGAGGGAAUGUUCAGAGCAUUCCAUGCCUUUGAUCAAUGUGGAGAUGGCACCAUCAGACUUAAUGUACUGGAGUGGCUCCAGCUAACCAUGUAUGCCUAGACCAGCUACAGAUCCAGGCGAGCCCAGACUCGGCAAGGACCAGAACUACCAGCUCUUACCUCAACACUCAAUGUGCCAGACUACUGUUACCUCUUUCUCUGUACCUCAGCCCACAUUGAACACCAGCUCUAGAAACUUCACACAAUUACUCCUCCUCUUCAUUUCAGUUUUAUAAGGGGUGGUAUGAUGGGUGAAAUGAGUAAUAGUGUUAUAGACAGAUGUCACUUUUUAGUCAGAUUGCGGAGGAAACGUUUUCAGGGGCGUUGUGCGCAAGCGACUUUUGAGGCACGUCAUUGUGUAAAUUUGAGCAAAUUUUCUGCUUUUCUGUUGUAAUUUGUUCCUCAAAGUCAUCAUGCUUUUCACAUGAACAUUCAGUUUGUCUACACUGGUGCUACAGACAGUAUUUUUCUUUUACCUCAACCAGCCUCAAAAGAUGCUUAUUUAUCACAAUGCUGCGAUUUCUCUUUGCCAUAUGCUAAUGGACCUAAUAUAUAACUGAUUAUCUAACAUUAUAUAAAACUAUAACACUAGAUUUCCUGACAGCAACUUUGUGUCAGCCCAGAUCCGGCCCACAUCUGGUCUGUGUGUAAUCCACAUGUACCAGAUGUGGGCCGGAUCUGGGCCACACUAUGUUUCUGUCUUGGAUUUAAAUGCAAUGCAAAUGCUUAAGAGUCUAUGAUUGGAUCAUUAUUGCUGUGAUUAUUAUGUUUCUAGCAUGUUAUAUUUUUGUCAACAGUUCUUGACCAUAAAUUGAUGUGAGAGGUGCAUCAAUUUUUGGUCAAGUUCUUCUUCAUGUUCCCUCCCAACCAUUCUUUUACAAUUUGUGCCUGGUUAAUCUUGGCUUUGUCAUCCUGGAUUAUUGCCAUGAUGUGUCUUCCUACAUGGUUGUUUAAGAAAUGAAAAGCUACACACUCCAUCAAUUAUGGUUAAAGGAACUGUUGCCAAACAUAUAACAUGCUAGAAACAUAAAUAAACAUAGAUUAAGCAUUUGCCUAUUUAUAUCCAAAGUUUUUUUUUGUUUUUUUUUGGUCAGGCAGUGUAUAAUUCUUGACAAUCUUGUGUAUUGAAUACACAGUGCCUUAUGAAUGACGAGGAAGAAUUACUUCAAAUCCAAUCCAACCAUUCACACUGAAAUGCAAUCCAGAUUUGAUUCCGAUUUCACACCACAUAUGGAUGUGGUUCGGAGUAGGUUUGUAAACGUUGGGUUUCAUGUGAGUUCAGACUACAAAAACAAACUUUUUGGAUAUGCCAACAAAUCAUUUUUGUCUGAACAAAGUUUCAUCUUGAUGGUUGUCUUAGCAUUACUUUUGUAUCUUCCCAUAUUUUUUUUUGCUAUGUGGCAUCUGCUUUUAGACACAUGGAAACUCUUUUCAUCAUACUACCACUCUCUUUGAUUCAUUCUUCAAUAAUGUCUUUCCAUAUUUACCCAGAUGUACUCUUACAUGCAUCCCAUCUUCACAUUUUGUUCCCAUUUGGUAAUAUUAAAAUCCAUUAAAAACACAAAGCAGGGCCAUGUAGAUGGUCCUUGUUAUUUCAAAUCCUGGUUGUUUUAUGGAAACAUUUUUGUUUUGCAAGUUAAAAUAAUAGGAAUUGAAAAACAUGAAGAACCAGGUGAGGAGAAAUCAUGAUCAAAAACCAUUGGAGGACAAUCAUCAGGGAACAUCUCAGAACUCAUGGCGGAUGGCAGCAUUCAGGGUCUUUAUUUCAUUACUGUGGGCAAAAACAUGGGUCGAACCUAGGCUUUUUUGUUUUUGUGCUUGACCCCAAUUUAACCUUUUGUUCAAAUGAGUGUACUGACUUCACCCGUUAAACAAAAUAAAUAAUUGUGUAGUUCUUGGUUGAAGUGCAUUCCCAGGAAAAAAAAUGCUGAUUUUAUAAAGCCUAAUUAUUUAAACACAAGCAUAAGUGCCAAUUACAAAAUGUUUUGUUCUUUUUCAGCAAAUGGUCUGUUAAAGCUAAACUGUUCAUUUCACCAUUUAUUUUAUAUCUGGUUAGCAUUUUAUUUAUUUAUUUUUUUUUCCCAGCCCUGUUACAAAAUUUGGGUCUCAGCAUUUAACACCCUGUUAUGUGAUAUUACAUUCUAGAAAUAAACAUUAAACAUACAUAUAUUCCAUAAA